AUGGAACUCAACCGAGAACAUUUGCGCGCCAUAAUUUAUUACAACUUCCAGAGACAAUUAUCGCAAGCAGAAUGCCUUGCUGAGUUACUGUCUGUUUUCGGCAAUGAAGCGCCACAUCAAUCGACAAUUUCUCGUUGGUAUGGAGAAUUCAAACGUGCACGGGUGAGUCUUAGCGACGAUCCCAGGGUGGGUGCACCAAAAACGGCUGUCACCCAGGAAAACGUCGAUGCUGUGCGCAAACUCAUCAUUGAAGAUAGACAUGUGACAUAUCGCGGGAUUGAGGCGUCCUUGAAGAUCUCAAAGACCUCAAUUCAAAAAAGUUUACAUGAAGAAUUAGGAGUGAGAAAAUUAGUUUCUCGUUGGAUACCCCAUCUGUUGACUGAAGAGCAGAAAGCAGCCAGGGUUAAUUGGUGUAAAAAAACGCUUGACCGUUUCAAUUCCGGAAACUCAAAAAAUGUGUACAGCAUUGUUAGUGGUGAUGAAUCGCGGAUUUACUUUUAUGAACCAGAAAAUAAACGACAGUCGGCUGUGAUCCGUUCUCGAAGUGUUUCGAAAAAGAUGGUCGCGACAUUUGUGUCACAAGCAGGUCAUAUUGCAACAAUUCCUCUUAAUGAGCAAAGAACUAUUACUACGGAUUGGUAUACCACCAUUUGUUUGCCAAAAGUCAUCAUCGAGCUUCGAAAAAUCAACCCCGAAAGAAGAAUCAUCCUCCACCAAGACAAUGCAAGCUCGCAUACAGCCCAAAAAACAAGGCAGUAUUUAACGGAAGAAAACGUGGAAUUAUUGGACCAUCCUCCAUAUAAUCCCGAUCUAAGUCCUAACGAUUUCUUUACUUUCCCGAAAAUUAAGAACAGAGUUCGUGGUGAAAGGUUCCAGUCACCAGAAGAAGCAGUUGACGCAUUCAAAAAUGCCGUCUUAGAUCUGCCAGCAAACGAGUGGAGUAAGUGCUUCGAAGAUUGGUUCGAGCGCAUGCAGAUGUGUAUAAGUCUUCGUGGAGAUCAUUUAGAACUACCUACCUGGUGCAGACAACGGUCACUCUGGGAUCAGGAAUGGAACAGUAUUGUCUUUAGUGACGAGUCUCGAUUUUGUUUAGACAUGCACAAUGGUCGUACCAGCGUUAGAAGGCGACGUGGUGAAAGGAGGAAUCCACAGUUUUUUGUUGAAAGACAUGUUCAUCACACUGUUGGAGUUAUGGUUUGGGGUGCUAUAGCUUAUGGUUCCAGGUCACCUUUACUCUUCAUCAGAGGUAACAUGAACGCGCAGCGUUAUAUCCACGAAGUUCUAGAACCCCAUCUUUCACCCUAUCUUGACACCCUGGCAGAUCCAACUUUCCAACAAGAUAAUGCCCGACCACAUGUUGCAAGAGUCACAAUAGACUUCUUUCAACAUAAUGAUGUCACAUUGUUACCAUGGCCACCAAGAUCUCCCGACUUAUCCCCAAUUGAGCACGUGUGGGAUAUGAUGGGUAGGAGAUUGCUCAAUUUGCAACGUCCUCCUCAGACUCUAGAAGCACUUCGAGAGGAGUUGGUGGUUGCCUGGAAUGAGAUACCACAGGACGACAUUGACCACCUGAUCAGAAGUAUGCCUAGGCGCGUUGGAGAAUGCGUAUCACAUCACGGUGCAUCCACACAUUAUUAA